AUGAUACUGGAACUAGCUGAUCAUUCAUGCAGAUACCCAAUGGGAAUAGUGGAAGAUGUGCUAGUUGAAGUGGGUAGAUGUAAAGUUCCUACAGAUUUCAUUGUCUUGGACAUGGAGGAAGAUCCCAAGAUACUGAUCAUCCUUGGAAGACCAUUCCUUGACACGGCUGGAGCCGUCAUCGAUGUGAAGAGCCAUAAGCUAUCCUUAGAGAUCGGCAAGGAAAAGAUCAAAUUUGACCUGCCCAAUUCUUCUAUCUGCAACCCCUCCUCUCAUGGAAAUUCUCACAAAAUCAGUACACACAAGGAAGGAGAGUGCAGUUUCCAUGAGAGUUCCCCUCCAGCAAGCAGCAAGAAAUACAUCUGUCCUGCACGAGCAAAAUUGAAGGGGCAGGCUGAAGCAUCGAGGCCAGAAGGAGAGCCAUUCUCCCACGGGCUCGACCCACACUGA